UUUCCAGAAGCCUUGGCUCUCACUUCGUGCAAUUGUUAUACGUUUGUUCUCUUAUCAAUGAAAUGAUACUCUGUAGUAUAUAUAUAUGCUAAAUUUUGCUCUUUUAGAUCGCUUUAUUGUAGUAUAGGAUGGAAUACUUAAAGGAUUUAAACGUUACACCUAUUCUUAUAGGAAUUCUGUUAUCUGUUGCCACACUGUAUUGGUGGUGCAGCAGACGCAGUUAUAAACUUCCGCCUGGCCCCGUUGGUCUCCCUCUUGUAGGGUAUCUACCAUUCCUUGAUAAAGAAUCUUUCAAAUCAUUUAAGAAAUUGACUGAAAAAUACGGAAAUAUAUUCAGUCUAUAUCUUGGGAGGAAUUUUACAGUUGUGCUCAACGACUACAAACUCAUAAAAGAGGCUUUCAACCAACAGGCUCUUCUGGACCGGCCACCACAUAUAUUUGAUUUCCAUCCUGAUGGUUUCGGUUUUGUAGGAACCAACGGUGAAGAAUGGACAGACCAAAGAAGAUAUACUAUGAAGAUUAUGAGGGAUAUUGGACUCGGGAAGAGCCAGUGGGAAAAUUUGUUAAUGCUCAAGACCCAUGAUGGAAAACCUGUAAAUAUCUAUAGAUUCCUUUCUGCAAGUGUCUCUAACAAUAUGACGACUUUGGUCUUUGGGAAACGUCUCCCAGCUGGCGAUCCUGCGAGAAUUCUAGUGGAUAAAAACGUGGAAGUCAGCGCUCGAGUGUUUUUGCAAUCUGGAUUCGUCAGCUUCUUUCCAAAACUAUUAUCAUUAAUUGCUAAGAUUAGAUUCACACAACUUGGGAAAGACAGAAAAUUUUUGGUACAGUUUAGCAGUUUUUUGAAAAGACAGAUAGAAAGUCGCAAGAAAGCCCUGAUGGUUGAAGACAGCGAAGACGUAUUCAUAGACGGUUAUUUGAAAGAAAUUGAAAAGAAUAAACAAAGACAUAUCAAAAACACAUUUAAUGAAAAAAAUCUAAUUGGCAGUUGCCAAGCAAUGGUUAGUGCAGGUAGUGAGACCACACGGACCGCGAUUUUGUGGCUGCUACUGGCGAUGGUCACAUAUCCUGUAGUUCAGAAGAAAGUGCACGAGGAACUAGACACGGUUUUACGGAAGGAUGGAAAAAUCACGUGGAAGGAGCGCUCUAAAUUGCCGUAUGUCAGUGCGACUAUAAUGGAAUCCCUAAGGUGGAAGACUGUGGCCCCCUUAAACAUUUUACAUUAGUAAGUCUAGCGUUAAUUAUGUUUAAUGUUUUUCUAAGGCAUCAAAUAUGUUCUCAGAUUUGUUCAUAUGU